UGAUGAUGAUGCACGAGGUGAACUUGAGCGCCGUGGUUACGAGAUUUUCGGUUUCUGAAAGCGGAGCAUACAUGAAUAUUAGAGGCAUGCGCUUUUGUAGCGGAUGUUGCGGACAUAUUGCGGAUUAUAAAGAGAAUGAACUGACUGAGAUGGGCAAAAUUAUCAGUAGGCUGUUUCAUCUGGUGUUUUGCAGUAACAAGGACUUUGUCAGAUCUGUUGCUGGGCCAAAUGUCAGCGCUGCAGCUCAGAGUGGAAGCCAGAUUACAGCACCUGUGAUCGCUAACAGUAAAAUACGUGAUAUCAUCAUAAAUAAUACACCUAGUUCUACUUGGUUUCGCCCACCCUCUGAAACAACACAAACCACAUCAACAACUUCUGUGAUUUUAAAAUAUCAGAAGCAGAUCUGCAGCGAGUAUCAGUGUGUGACCGAGUAUAACUCACGGUCUGGUGAACAAGUGCUGCUGUCUGAGCGCUACACACAACCUCUGAUCCUUCAGAGACAUAGAGGUCAAAAAGAGAGAGAAGAAGAGAUCAGAUCCAGUGGAGAAAGCUUCCAGCAGGUCCUCAGCGCCCGGAGCAGUGAUGACUCUGUCCAUCUGAACUCUCUGUUCGACCCAGAUGGACACGGGAUCCGUCCCAGUGCUGUUAUACUGCAGGGGAAUUCUGGGAAUGGGAAAUCUUUCACUGUGCAGAAGAUCAUGAUGGACUGGGCAUCUGGUGACCUCUACAAAGAGCAGUUUGAUGUUGUGUUCCACUUAAAGUGUAAAGAAAUAAACCGCAUUCAUGGCAUAAAGAGUUUGGCGGAGAUCUUGAGCUGCAGUUGUAGUUUAACAUCAGAUGAGAUCUCACAGGUACUACAGCAUUCACCAGAGAAGAUGCUCUUCAUCAUCGAUGGAUUUGAUGAGCUGAGACUCACUCAGGACAUUUAUGACAUGUCACCACACACUGAUCUGCUUCAGAAAGACCCAGCUGAGGUCAUUCUUUGUGACCUGCUGAGGGGUCGAAUCCUGCCAGAGUCCUUCCUUCUGGUCACCUCCAGAUCUACAGCCACAGAUACACUGAGUAAACUGCUCAAAGGACCUCAGCGUUUCUCUGAGAUCAUGGGAUUUUCAGAAAAGGGGGUAGAGGAGUACUUCCAGAAGUUCUUUAAAAAUAAAAAACUUUUCAGGGAGGCUUACACACUUGUGAAGACGAAUGAAACUCUCAUCACCGCCUGUUCCAUCCCUGUCAUCUGCUGGAUCAUCUGCACAGCUAUCAAGGAACGACUCAAAAACACUGCAGAUGUAACAAGUGGACUGGAAACCACCACCUCCAUCUACGUUGACUUUGUGUGCACGCUCUUGAAGCAUCACUGCCAGGGUUCGAGUCAGUCCAUCCCGACCCUGCUGAGGAGUCUGGGUCAGCUGGCAGAGAGAGGGAUGCUGGAACAGCAAGUCCUGUUGGAUGAGAAAAGUGUUUAUGAAACAGUUUCAGACCCUGCUGGCAAUCCGUUCCUGUGCAAGUUCCUGUUUAAGAGAAGAAUCCACCAGGAGACGAUGUUCAGUUUCAUGCAUCUCAGCUUUCAGGAGUUCUUCACUGCUCUAUACUAUGUCCUUCUGGAUGAAGAAGAGUCUCAGAAAAAAUUUACCCAGCUGUUUUCCAUUGAUGAAAAGUCAAGAGAUUAUUAUAGUCAUCGUUCACGUUUUUCAGCUGUGGUGCAGUUUGCAUUCGGUCUGCUGAAUAAGGAUGUGAGACGCACACUUGAGAAACAUGGUCUCGUUGUUCAAUCAAAAACACAGACUCAUUUGAAAAAAUGGAUUUUGAAAAUGGGUCAGAAUACAUAUUCAGAUAAAGUACGUUUUUACCUUCACUGUCUCUAUGAACUUCAUGAAGAGGACUUUGUGAAAAAAGCUAUGAAAACCUGGAAAAUAAUUGAUGCAUAUAAUGCAGUCAUAAGCAGAACAGACGUCUGGGUCCUGCUGUACUGCUCUCAGUGCUGUCAGUGCAUAGAAGAACUGGAUCUUACUGGGUGCAGAUUAUCAUCUGAAAAUUUUCGUAUGAUUCUGCCUGUUUAUCACAAGUUUAAGAAGGUGAACAAGUUGAAUGUACUAGUUUCAUCAGACUCUGAUCUUGAACUGAUAAACGCUCUCACAAGUGAACAGACCCUGAGAUCACAGCGCAUUGAUGUCGUCUUCACAUUUGAGGAUUGUUCUCUUGAGUUGACAAUCCAAGAAGAAAUCAGUAUCUGGAUAUCUUCACCAUCUUUGGAGUCGCUCACUCUCACCUUUCAAUGCCGAGAGCCAAUCAACAUUGAGUGGGCCAAACUUAUACAGAUAAUUCAUCAAGCAGAUUCAGAUGCGUUAAAGUCAGUUCUUGAUUCUUUCUCUAAACUGAAAAAGAUGGAAAUUGAACUGGACUGUCUAAGUGAGAUGUGGACUCAUUGGAUCCUCCAAAUCAUCCAGAACUGCUCCAGUCUAACAGAACUCAAGUUGUCCUUAAAAGUUUCAUCAGACUCUGAUCUUGAUGAACUGAUAAACGGUCUCACAAGAGGACAGACCCUGAGAUCAAUGCGCAUUGAUGUCGUCUUCACAUUUGAGGAUUGUUCUCUUGAGUUGACAAUCCAUGAAGAAAUCAGUAUCUGCAUAGGAACUUCAGCAUCUUUGGAGUCGCUCACUCUCACCUUUCAGUGCCGAGAGCCAAUCAACAUUGAGUGGACCAAACUUACUCAGAUAAUUCACCAAGAAGAUUCAGCUGCAUUAAUGAAAGUUCUCUGUUCUUUCUCUGAACUGAAAAAGAUGAAAAUGAACCUGGACUGUCUAAGUAAGAUGUGGACUCAUUGGAUCCUCCAAAUCAUCCAGAACUGCUCCAGUCUAACAGAACUCGAGGUAUAUGCUGACUUUUUACUGGAGAAAGGAAUCCAGAUCUUGCAGAGGUCAGACACAAGACCAGCCUGUAGUGUGACAUUUCACGGGUCCACAUGCAAUUAUCAGUCUCAAAAACGCAUACGCGAUGAGGACUUUCAUCUUAGCUGCAACCAGAUGGUGAAGAUUCAUCUGAGUUCCUCUGGCUUUUCUAUGGAGACUUUGUGAAAGCCCUGGUUUCAAGACUAAUGGUGCAGCUUGAUAACUAGGAGAAAACUGCCAAAGCAGCAUCUUUAACUAGAGCUGAGGAUGGGAAUAAAGACAUCAACCAAGAAUAUCUAAAAUCAUUUAGGUGUGUUGUAAUAGUAAUGGUCAUCUAUCAAUUUAUUUGUAUAUUGCGUUUCACAAUACAUAGUGUGGCGAUGACACUGUUUAUUCUCUGUUAUAAAUGUUUUACUUGAUUCACCUUCACGCCUCUUCACAGCGUGCAGGGAGUAAAGAAGAAGUGAGUUGGAGUUAGUCAAGCUUCUUUCUGCGUUUUGUUAUUUUUGGGGAAAGUUAAGACACCUCCUGAUACCCACAUUCAGGAAAAAAAAAACUCAGCCCAUUGGGUGCUUAACAUAUCAAGCAUUUGAGAUUUGCUUUAUAGUGUGACCAUAUGAGAGUAUUCUAUGUAUGCAUGCCGAAAAAAAUUGUGUAUAGUAUAUGAGGUUUUAAUUUAUGCGAUGACAUGGAGACAUAUAAGUGAUAUGUAUUUAUGAAAGGGUUUAAGAUUUUGGUCACCCACCCCUAGUUUAACGAAAGGCAUUUUACAAAAUUUCUCUAGUCCUCUAGUGUGCAAGCCAAAGGUGACUGUGAGAAGGAAUGAACAAGUCCAUUUGUUGUUGGAUAAUGAAUAAAAACUUGGAAGAAUACAGGCUACACCAAGAGACUUCACUGUUGGUGUCUUUUAGAAGAGCCGUAUUAGAAUCUGCAAUUCAUGUGUUUUGAUUUCACAGUAUUGAGACUAAAACACAAACUAGGAGAAGGUAGGGUAUCACUUCCAGGAACAGUACACCAAAAAAUGA